AUGAUGCGAUGUGAUUUUCGGCGACAGCUGCAGCAAUGGGAGAUGAAGGAGGAGGAGGAGAAAGGGAGGAAGGCACACCGGCCACCCCCAUACCCGCCACCCCACAGCUCGCCCCUCCCGUCGUACCUGACCGGCGAGUACCCCGGUGACUACGGCUGGGACACCGCGGGUCUGUCCGCUGACCCCGAGACCUUCGCCAAGAACCGCGAGCUCGAGGUGAUCCACGCUCGCUGGGCUCUUCUCGGUGCCCUCGGCUGCCUGACCCCCGAGCUCCUCGCCAACAACGGCGUCGAGUUCGGCGAGGCUGUGUGGUUCAAGGCCGGUGCUCAGAUCUUCUCCGAGGGUGGCCUUGACUACCUCGGCAACCCCAGCCUGAUCCACGCGCAGUCCAUCCUGGCCAUCUGGGCCACCCAGGUCAUCCUCAUGGGUGCCGUCGAGAGCUACCGCGUGGGUGGCCUUGAGGGCUUCCAAGAGGUUGAGGACCCCCUGUACCCCGGCGGUGCCUUCGACCCCCUGGGUCUGGCUGACGAUCCCGAGGCCCUCGCUGAGCUCAAGGUGAAGGAGCUCAAGAACGGCCGCCUCGCCAUGGUGUCGAUGUUCGGCUUCUUCGUGCAGGCCAUCGUCACCGGCAAGGGCCCCCUGGAGAACCUGUCCGACCACCUGGCUGACCCCACCGUCAACAACGCCUGGGCCUAUGCCACCAACUUCACCCCCAGGGAGGACGAGGGCGACGCAUCACAGCAUACAUAG